AUGACUGUCUAUGUUGGCACUUUGGCCGUGUGGCUCCUUGCCAACGCUACACUUGCAUACAAACGCCGACCAAAGAAUCUUGCUACUGGAGAUACGCCAGUUCCUCCCACAACCGUCAAUCACGCGGCAUCCAAAUUUAAAUAUACCUUUUUUACUGUCUAUAUUUUGGUUGUCGCGUCAGAUUGGCUGCAGGGCCCUUAUCUUUAUCCAUUGUACAGGGAGACCUUACAGUUGUCGGAGAAAACCAUUGCGGCCCUAUUUUCCGCUGGCUUUGUUUCCGGGGCAGUUAGCGCCACAUUCGUGGGAAGCCUUGCUGACCGCUAUGGAAGGCAGAAGGCUUGCCUUGCCUUUUGUGCGAUAUACGCCCUAUCCUGUCUACUGACCAUCACACCCAGAUCUGUAUAUCUUCUACUUUUAGGCCGGUUACUCGGCGGCAUUGGAACAACCCUCCUCUUUACGGCCUUUGAAACAUGGCUGGUCUCCGAGUUUCAUCGGUCCGAGCUUGUGAAGGAAAUAGUUGAGUUGAAUGAUCUUUUGGGAGCUAUGACAAUGUUGAAUAGUAUCGUUGCCGUUGUCGCCGGGCUAUUCAGCGAGCUCCUCGUUGGAUGGACGGGCUCCAGAACGUCGCCUUUCAUAGCGAGUAUCUUCUGCCUGGCAAUUGCAAGUCUAAGAAUUUCUAGAAAUUGGCGUGAGAAUUAUGGAGAUGAGAGAAUCCCAAAAGACAACUUUACAGCGACUCAAUUGUUAGGCGGAAUCUCGGCUUUGCUUAGAGAUAAGCGAAUUAUGGUCUUAGGACUUGCCUCCGCCGUCUUCGAAGGGACAAUGUAUCUAUUCGUCGUAUUCUGGUCUCCUGCAAUAAUAUCUGCUCUAAAAACAACAUAUAUGGUACCCCUUCAAAGUCCUCCGUUCGGGUUGAUUUUUGCUAGUUUCAUGGCUGCCAUGGUUUUUGGCUCCCAACUUUUUCGAUACUUGAUGCAUACACCGGGCCAACCCGCUUCGGAACCAGGUUGUUCAGUCUCAACUAUAUUACGGUCGUCGCAUGCGUUGAAGCUUGUCCUACCGGUUGCAGGUGCCUGUCUGUCUUGGAGCGUUCUCUACCCUACUGAAACCUCAACUCUAUGGGCAUUUUGCAUAUAUGAAAUGACAAUUGGCAUUUAUUUUCCAAGCAUAGGUGUGCUAAAAAGCCUUUUAGUGGAGGAUUCACAUAGGGCCACUAUAUAUGCACUUUUUAGAGUACCUUUGAACUGUUUUGUGGUCGCCGGGUUGGCCUUGACGACAGAAGGAGAGGGAUAUCGAAAUACCGUUUUUUUGAGCUGCAGCGGACUACUACUGGUAGCCAUGGCUUUUGUAGAUGUCUUUAUUUGA